AGAAAUAGCCAUUUGCCUGGGAAAAAUAAGGAAGAGGAGGAAAAGGCACUGAAGAAUGAAACUCUGGUCUGGUCCAUCAGAACCGCAAACACUCCCACUUCGAGCGCCUACUCUUCUUGUACAACCAACAACCGUGUCCGCUUUUGUAACCUCACCGCCACCGCCACCGCCACUGCCACUGUCACUGCCAUUAGUUGUAGCAUCAGUGAUAAUAAGUCAGCAGCUGCAGCUGCAUUGCAAUCGCAUCACAGAGCACAAACAGGAUGGGCAACUGCGGCACUCGAGAGGAAUCUGCUGUCGUCUCCCAUGCUCAAGUUCAACAGCUCCACAUGUUAAGUAAAAAUGGCAACACUCCCACUCCCGCCGACAAGGACAAGGACAAGAAGCACAAUCGGUCGGUGUCAGAUCUGAGCGAUCCUUCAACCCCUCGCAACUUUGAGGACUCCCGAAAGAAUGCCCUCCUCUAUACCCACGUGAUUGCCUUCACAUUAUACGAGCUCGAGACUAUCACCAAGAGCUUCCGCUCCGAUUAUAUUCUCGGCGAAGGCGGUUUCGGCACCGUCUACAAGGGUUACAUCGACGAGAAUGUCAGGGUUGGCCUCAAAUCCCUCCCCGUUGCAGUUAAGGUUCUCAACAAGGAGGGCCUUCAGGGGCACCGAGAGUGGCUUACUGAAGUUAACUUUCUCGGCCAGCUAAGGCAUCCAAAUCUGGUUAAGUUGAUUGGAUAUUGUUGCGAGGAUGACCACAGGUUACUCGUUUACGAAUUCAUGUUCCGCGGCAGCCUUGAGAAUCACCUCUUUCGAAAGGCGGCUGUUCCAUUAUCGUGGGCCACAAGAAUGAUGAUUGCUCUUGGAGCUGCCAAAGGUCUUGCUUUUCUUCAUAAUGCUGAAAGGCCUGUUAUCUACAGGGACUUCAAAACCUCUAAUAUACUAUUGGACUCUGAUUAUACUGCAAAGCUUUCUGAUUUUGGGCUUGCUAAAGCUGGACCACAAGGUGAUGAAACCCAUGUAUCAACUCGAGUAAUGGGUACCUAUGGUUAUGCUGCCCCUGAAUAUGUGAUGACUGGGCACCUGACUGCCAGGAGUGAUGUGUACAGCUUCGGAGUUGUUCUUCUGGAGCUUUUGACAGGAAGAAAGUCUGUUGAUAAGACGAGGCCAAGCAAGGAGCAGAACUUGGUAGAUUGGGCCCGGCCAAAACUGAAUGACAAGAGGAAGUUGCUACAAAUAAUCGACUCUAGAUUGGAGAAUCAGUACUCGGUAAGAGCAGCACAGAAAGCCUGCAGCUUGGCUUACUAUUGUUUGAGCCAGAAUCCCAAAGCAAGGCCCUUAAUGAGUGACGUAGUUGAAACUUUGGAACCUCUACAAAGUUGUAGCGAUGGUGUGAAGGAAGUCUCAUCAUCAUCAACUACUGGUGGUGGUCAAUUUGCGAUGGCUGGAAUGCCAAAUUACCGAAUGCAUCACAGGUUUGCCAACAACGUUGUUCCAAGUGCUGGUUGUCGAUCUCCCAACCCAAAUUGUUCUCCUGGCGGCCCUGCGGCAUGCAGGGUUAGGUGAGAGGAAUCUCACGCAUCUGUAUGCUUGUUUGGUGUGUUUCCCCCCUCUUGACAUGACAAAAUUCUCUUGUUUGCCUCGUUGUAUCUCAUGUACAUGGUAUCUGGUGAUCCCAAGCCUUUGUUGAUGAUUUUUCUCCGGCUUGGUGCUUCUAGCAAUGUGAAAAGCUAUUUUACCAUGCGAACAUUAAUUACAGAUUCGUGAGGUGAUGCCAAAAGUCUGCCUCUCGGUCACUUCCGCAUCAUCUUCUUCAAGAUUAUUGUUUGCUUGUAUCAAUGUUCUGGUUCUAUUUGCUUACCAAAUGUGAAUUGCCAUGUGAAUAGCUAUUUCACCAUUGCGAACAUUAAUUACAGAUUCGCAAGUUUUUUGAAUAUGAUGCUCCAAUUCUUGUUUAAACCUUUAUGGUAUUGCUUUUGAGAGAUUGCUCUAU